UUGUUACAAUUAUUUUGUGCAGCGAAAGCUGUUCAACAUAGACAUACAACAGCACAUUGAACAAUUGUCGGCUCUGGUGCUUACACAAUCAACUCAGGAUCAAAAGAAUUUCUACGAUCAACUACAUUUGGGACCACUGAAAAUUCACAUUUCAUUUUCGAUGGCCGGCUUAGAACCGGGCGCAUUGCCACCGGUUUUAUCGACCAUUUUACAGGGAGUCGGUGUCACAUUAACCGAUAUCAAUGAUAUUGUUUUCCGUUUAACAUUCUUCGAACGUGAAUACAAUUUCUUCACACAACGACAACUCACCAACGAAAUAACAUCGCAUUACACAAGUCAAGCGCUUAAACAAGCGUACGUGCUCAUUUUGGGUUUGGACGUUAUUGGUAAUCCAUAUGGAUUAGUUGUUGGCAUUACCAAAGGUGUUGAAGAUCUAUUCUACGAGCCAUUCCAGGGCGCAAUUCAAGGACCAAGUGAGUUUGCUGAAGGUUUGGUUCUCGGUGUAAAAUCAUUAUUUGGUCAUACAGUUGGAGGUGCUGCUGGUGCUGUAUCAAAGAUCACUGGAGCAAUGGGCAAAGGUUUGGCAGCCCUAACAUUCGAUAAAGAUUAUCAAAAGAAACGACGCGAAGCAUUGAAUAAAAAACCAGCCAAUUUACAUGAAGGUUUGGCUCGUAGCGGUCAAGGACUUGUCAUGGGUGUUGUCGACGGAGUAACCGGAGUCGUAACGCAACCAUUUAGUGGGGCUAUGAGCGAUGGUGUUGGUGGUUUUUUCAAGGGAUUGGGCAAAGGUACUGUUGGUUUGAUUGCACGUCCAACAGCUGGUCUUGUUGAUUUUGCCAGUGGAAGUUUUGAUGCUGUUAAACGUGCCACCGAACUGUCUGAAGAAGUGAACCGUUUACGACCACCACGUUCAUUACAUUCGGACGGUGUUUUGCGACCGUUCUGCUUGCGAGAAGCUGAAGGCAAUAAACUAUUGAAGGAAAUCGAAAAGGGAAAAUAUGCCAGCAGCGAUAUUUUUGCACACUACGAGGUUAUCAUUGAAAAGCGUGAAGUUUUAUUGUUGUCUGAUCAUCGUUUGAUAUACUGUGAGAAAAACGAUUUGUUCGGUGGAUGGCAGGUUGGUUGGUCAUAUCGUUGGAGUGAAAUCCAUAUGCUUCGUUCGGUUGACCGAGGUGUUGAGGUGUUGAUUGGCGAAAAGUCAAAGAAGGUGUUGGGAUUUUUCGGUUCCAGUGAACAAAAGAAGAAAAUAAUCCUAAUUGCGCAGCCAGCACGACGUCAAAAGUUGCUCAAAAUCAUGACCAACCUUAAAGCGAAUGAACAAUAAAUUGUUCAAUCGGAUUCAUUCGUAAUAACAUAAAUCCCAAAAAAAAACAAAAACUUUGAAACAACCACAUUCGUUUUGGUUACCCAUUCUUCCUUUGAUUUCAGCUGUCCCGCUGAAUCGUCAUAAAAUUUGGAAUCAUCACACCAUUUAUACAAUAUAAUUUCAAUUUUCCAUAUUUGCACACUUAUGUAGUUUUAAUCAAAUCCAGUGAAAUAUAACGUAAGGUAUAGCCAUA